AUUCUAAAUUGAAACAUUUCAAAUUUACUAAAUGUGUGAAAGAAACAAUAUAUUCGUGCUUUACGGACGGAACUCUUGAAGUAUCGAAAAAAAAAAUUCUCAUUCUUUCGCUCAAUCAAUUUAAUUACUGAUUCUACAUCAAUUACUACAAUUCUAUUUAUGGAAAACCAUUUUACAUGAGAAAAAACCGCGAUCAUUUUCAAUAUGCGAAUAAAACGAAUCAGUUCAGAUUUUUAGAUUAGCUAUAGAAAACAAAUUGUUAAUAUUACUGUGCAUGAUCAAUAUAUAUUUCUUAAAACGGACAGACAAAGACACAAGACCGACAAAAUUGUGUGGUUUUUAUUGACGAUAGCAAAAAUAAGACAAUUUAAAUAAGGUGUUGGUAAUUAAAUUUACAACAUUGGACCAUUGAGAUUAAAAUAGCCAAAUAAUGUGGCCAAAACUUUUAGACUUAACACAUGAUGAAUGCCGAGGUGCACUGAGGCGUUUGGAAUUAGAGUCCUAUUCGAAUGUGGUUGGUGCAUUCCGUGCUCAAGGAACAUUGAAUGAGAAUAAAUUAAGAAUUUUAAAAGAUUUACGAGAAGCAUUUCAUAUAUCUGAUGCACGACAUAAAGCCGAAGUUCGACGGGUCGUUAACGAUGAAUCUCUCUCAACUAUAGCAAAAACGAUUUAUGGACCAAAUAGUGAAAUCGAAUGGAAUAAAGAAGGUAGUCGAGGUUUUUUGAUAAUUAAUCGCAAACCAUCUCAGACAGCGUUGUCAGUUGUUGCUGAUAAAGCCAGUGAAUUGGGCGCAACACUCAAUAAAUACUUACAACAUCCCACUGAGACAACGAGAGAUCGUUUACUUAAUGUAGAUAAUGAUGUUAGCACAGUGGAUAAAAUUGUGACCAGCGAUCCAAGUAUCCCAAAAGUAAAGACUAAACAAGAGAAACCGGUUGUCAUUCCGGCAAAAAAAUUGGAUGGAAAUCUUGUAGAAAUGAGUGCACCGGCAGUAUCAAAAAAGAGAGAUUCAAUAAAACAUCAAACUGUCACAACAGAGCAUCCAGCCUUGAAAAGCCCUUCCAAUGCACCACCAGGAACAACUGGAACAACAGUAGUAGCAACAGCACCAGCGCCAAUUGAAAGUAAAUCAAUUCAAUUACCGAAAGUGGAACAUGUACAAAUGCCCAAACCAAUAACAGCAAAUAGCCGUCGACGCAAAAGUACAACGUCAUUGGUAAAUAUUGAUGGUUCACCACAGCCAAAAGCCAUUCUUAUCACGAACCGAAGGGACACAAUAACUGAAACAAACUCAAGAUUCCUGGAACCGCUCGAACCACAAGCUCUAUCAAAACUGACGACACCGCUGUCGACACAGGCUCAACAUCAACUACAACCACCGUCACAUCAACAACAACGACAACAGCAACAACAGCAACAACAGCAACAACAGCAACAACAGCAACAACAGCAACAACAGCAACAGCAGCAACAUACAAUAAAAUCCAUAUCAAAACCGACGAUUGUAAACGAAGUUCGAUUGAUUUCAAAAGAAACAGCGGAUAAAAGAGAGAGUAUCAUUCGUCAGACGAAAACACAGAGUCCAAUAUCGGUGCAUCGAACGCUACCAUCGAACGAACCCAAUGUACAAGUAAUCGAAGCGAUCUUACCAUCAAAUGUGGAGACGAUCAAAGGUACACGAAAUGUUUUGGAUGCAAUAAGCAAAGGCGCCCAACUCGUUAAAGUCAUCGAAUCAAAAGUAGUUGUUAAACAACCACAACAGCAACAGCAAAGGACGGUCACAGCAACGAUACAAGCUCAACCAAUGAUCAAAGCAUCUCCAGUUAUAUCAACUUAUAUGCCAGUUAAAGUAUCUGCUGUAGACUAUCAAACGCCCAAGGCGCAUAAAUUUCAGGUCAUUGCAACAGAUACAGCAACAACAACAACAACAACCACACCGCAAAUUGUAAACAAUGUAAAUGUAAUUCAACAUCAAAAGCAGCAGCAGCAACAACAACAACAACAGCAACAGCAACGGACGGUCACAGUAACGAAUCACAAAAAUGACAUUAUCUCAAUACCGACCGCACGUAAUCCAAAUAUUGUAAAAACCAGUGACAAAAUAAUGCAUAUAACGUCGCCUCAUCUGCCUACACAAAAUGUGCAACAGAAAAAUUAUAUUAAAAAAUCGAUAAAUGUUGCCAAUCUACAAGGGCAGAAUCUAGGGCAGAAUCUUUUGAAAUAUCCACCAAAGCAUAUUCUUCAAAUGUUACAAUCAACGUCAAAUCCGCGACCGGUGAGCGUUUAUCCAAAAACGACCAUUUUAAAAGCCGUUCCAGCACAAAUGCCAACAAUCAACGAACUUCAGGCACAAGAAUAUGUAUACGAAGAAGAGGUAAACAAUUGGCAACAUUUCGAUCCAACGCGCAUCGAUCAACCCAAUGGCUAUGUUAAAAUUGUACGAAAUCAAUCUGUAAACAAUGGACGAGACUAUCAAAAGCAUUCAAAUGUUCUAGCCGACAAUGUAAUUUACGACGAGGAUAUUAUAACCGAAGAAUACAUCACCACUGAAGAGUAUGACGAUGCCGACAAUGUCAUUGAACUAGACGAAGAUGAAGAUGAUGAUGUUAUUUUGGUUAGUGAUAAUCUCAGAGCAUCAUAAAAUUACAAAAAAAAAAAAACACUCACACAGAUGACGAUAAAACGAGAUAAGGAAUAAAAUUGAUAAUAAAUAAA